GUGACAGCAUUGGGCUCUUCAGUGAUCUCCUGCUCCCCUGAAAUUGCGUUACGAUUUUUUCGAGGGUAAUAUUCAAUUUGUGGAAGUGAAAUUAUUAUUAAAAUGCCCAAGAGGAAGAAUCAAGCGCUCAUCCAUUCAGAUAGCGGUGAGAGUGCAUCGGACAGCGGGAGUGACUUGGAAAAUGACUUCUUAUCCUUGGCGAAGAAGAGGAAGGCCAAGGGUCAGGAUGACACCCAGACGAACGAAGGAAGCAACAGCAAGGAUUCGAAAGCGGUGGACUCGGCAACUACCGAGUCCGAUGAUGACUGGACUGCUAAACCUGGCAAGCCAAAGAAGAAGAAGCAGCCGAGCAAGCGAACAAAGAGGAAAGUGACAAAGUCCAGCUCUGAGGACAGUGGCAGUGACGAUGAGCCUGCCAAAGUGUCCGAGCCUGAAGAAGGUGAAGUCUCUGACUCUGACCACAGUGGUUCAGACUCGAGCCAAGAGGAGUUCAACGACGGUUACGACGACGAUCUGAUGGGAGACGCUGAGGACCGAGCACGACUCGCUGAGAUGACUGAGAAGGAACGAGAGCAGGAGAUUUACAAGCGAGUUGAGCAGCGUGAAGCGAUGAAAAAGAGAUUCGAGAUUGAGAAGAAACUGAGGAUGGUGAGGAAGCAAGAGCAGCGCAAGCAGAAGGAGUCGAAGAAGAAGGAGAAGAGCCAGGACGAGAAGAAGUACGAGAGAGCACCUGAUCCCAAGGAGCGCUCCAAGGACCGUAAGAAGACCAUUGAAGAGAAGCAGGACAAGAAGUCGAACGCAAUGGCAUUGUUGAAGGCUCGCAGGGAGGAGAGGAAGGAGCGAGAGGAGAAGGAGAAGGCUAGAAUGGAACAGCAGCAGGCCCAGUCCAAGGACGACGAGGAGGAGCUCGAUGAUGAUCACAAGGGGGGCAGUAAGACCAAGCUGAAGGCCUCUGACAUCUACUCAGACGACAGUGGAUCGUCUGACAGUGAACCUGAGGAGGAGACCCCCAAGACCACGUCAGCACGUCGAUCCUCAUCCAGUGACAGUCGAGACUCUGAUUCAGACAACGACAAGAAGUCUGUUGCCUCCACCAAGACGAAGCCCAAGAAGCCACUGUACGUGAACACUAGGGAUGAACUGAACAAAGUUCGUUUGUCUCGACACAAAAUGGAGCGUUUCGUGCACCUCCCCUUCUUCGACAGAGUCGUUCAGGGCUGUUUUGUGAGAAUUGGAAUUGGAAACAACAAUGGCAAGCCUGUGUACAGAGUCGCUGAGAUCAGCGGUGUCUGCGAGACUGGGAAGAUCUAUCAGCUCGGAAAUACCCGCACUAAUAAAGGGCUGAGGCUCAGACACGGAGCGCAGGAGAGAGUCUUCAGGCUUGAGUUCGUUUCCAAUCAAGAAUUCACGGAUUCUGAGUUCUUCAAGUGGAAGGAGGCUUGUGCACUCCAGGGAAUAUCCAUGCCGACUUCUGACGAGAUUGAGCACAAGCUGAAGGACAUCAAGGAGGCUCUGGUCUAUGAGUUCAAGGAGGAGGACAUUGAGAAGAUUGUGCAGGAGAAGGGGAGAUUCAAGGCGACUCCUUGGAAUUAUGCCAUGAAGAAGGCGCAGCUCAUGAGGGAGAGGGAUGCUGCCAACUGCAGGGGUGAUGACAGCACCGCUACAAGGCUCAAUUUGGAGCUGAGCGAGCUGGAGGAGAGGGCCUCGGAGCUCGACAAAAUGCGCACAGCCACCAUCUCCAGUAUAUCUUACAUCAAUGACAGGAACAGGAAGAAGAAUGUGGAGGAGGCUGAGAAGGCUAUUAUGGAGGAGUUCAAGGCGAACAAGGGGAAGAAGAUCGACGAUCCGUUCACCAGGAGAAGCACCAAGCCCAGAAUGGUUUACAAGCCGGAGGAGGAGGAGAGUGCACCUGUUGUGGUUAAUGAUAAACCGAGUGUACCCAUUCUGGGGGAUGUCAUUGGGAAUGACAAGGAGAAUGGACAGGAGGCACCCAAGAAACAGAGCACUGAGGAUCUUUUCAAUGCUCAUAAUUUUGAUAUUACGAUAGAUUUGGAAGUACCUAUUCCAAGCAAUCCUGUGAGUGUUCUACCAAAGCCAGUGAGCAAUAUAAAAGACACUGGUCCUCGUAGAUCACUGAACCUAGAGGACUACAAGAAAAAACGUGGCCUCAUCUAACACUCCCUUCCCAAAAAGCGAGCACAAGUGUAUGAUGAAAAAAAAUGUAAUCCUCCUACAUUUCACAGCAGUCGUCAGUAUGAUGCAACUGCAUUUUCGCACGACGCCUGGACGACAGGUGUAUCCACACUAAUAAAAAUCCUAGCGUAUCUUCGAGAGAAGAUGAAAAAAGGCGGAAUUAGUCAUGAGCUCCUUCAGUCCCAAGCGGGAACUAGCAAAAUAAUUUGGAUUUCGCCCUCAUGUGUCUCAUUAUCAUUGUGUUUAUUUCAUUUAUUUUUAAAUUAUUAAAUCCGCGAGUGGGUUGAACACUCCUGGAAAUUCAGCUCGUCUUUCCCUCUGCCAAAAGUGCAUCGUGUAUAUAUUACGAAUUGUGUUUAUGUUGUAUUGGCAUUGACGAGUGCGAGCCAAGUCUCACCUUCGCAUUGAAGCCCCUCCCCCCUUUUACACUACACUUGUUCUUAAAAAUUAUUCGCUCAAUAUUUUGAAUAUUCUACGACUUGGCCGACUUCCAGCGUUUCUAAAAAAAAUAAAAUAUCGAAUAAAUAGAGUGUGACUGGGUGAAUGAAUAGUCUGAGACUCAAUACUUGAAUUUCUACGUGUAAUGUAGAAAUAAUACGUGCGAUUGUAACUCUACUCUUAUCUUUUAUUACUUAGGUGUACGUCGUAACUAGCGAGAUAAACAUUCUUGUAUGUUGUAAUACAAAAACAUUUUUAAGUUGA